ACAUGUGAUGUUGGUUGGUUAGGGUUGUCUACGAUGGAUUGACUAUUUAUAUUUUAUUAUUUAUAUGUAAACGUAACAUGUUUCUGUUGAUUUUAAAUUCGAUGACUGGAUGUAAUCUUGGAUACUAAAUUCAGGGGGAAUGAAUUUUUUUUCUGUAAUGUGGUUUAGUUUACCAGUUUGGGAACAAGUUUAUUCAAGUAUUUGCUAUGGCAAGAUGUAUGCUCACUGUUUAUAAAAUUAACAUAAAUAAUUCACGCGUUUUAAAAUCAGCUGCCCGAAAUGUAAUGAAAGCAUCAAACACUCGUGAAGCAGCUAUCGAAAAAAAUAUUAUUACCGAAACAUUGUCCCAAGUUGUAGCUUGGUAUGAAAAUGUGACAGGCAUGGAUGAAGUGAGACUGGCUCAGAACAGAGUUCUAGAAGCUGAAAGUAAAUUUAUACAAGCACAGGAAAGGAGACGAGAAGCAAAUAGAAAGGUGGCAGCAAUUCAGAACCAGUUGAAAGAUUUGUACGCUGAACUGGAUAAAACAACGAGAGGUGAGGAACGUUAUCUUCAUCUCAUCACUCAAGAACACAGCAUUCUGAAAGAAGAGAGGCAGUUUGCAUCAGAGUUUCAACAGGCAGAACGUGAAGAGAGAGAUUAUUUCUCAUCCCUUUCAUCUGCAGUCAAAGAAAGUCACGAGAAGGAGAGGGCACAAGCUGAGAGAACAAAGUAUUGGUCAAUAAUUGGUUCUGUAAUUGGCACAGUUAUUGGUGUGGUUGGUAGUACCAUAAACAAUAAUUUAAAAAUGAAAGAGCUAAAGAAAUUGAUAUCGAAUGUUGCUAUCCAGAAUCAAGAAAAUAACUUGCCAAAUUUAGAUCAGCAUCUAGAAUCAAAGCUCAAUAAUGAACUUCUCCAAAUAAUUACAGAAAUGAAAAAUGUUUCAAGUACGCAAGAACAUGUGCAUACCCGACUAGGAGAGUUAGCAAACUCAUUGGACAAAAAAUUAGCAGCAUAUUCACCUGAAAAAACUUUCAGUGGUGAAGUAGCUAGCUUGUUGAAAAAAAAUCAGGACAUCACUGAAAAAAUUUUUAAAGACCUUAAGCAGACAAUUCUGUCUUUACAUGCUGGGAAACAAUUUAGUGAUGAACAGGCCUUCACUGUACCGACUUCAUCUGAUGAAUGGGAAAUAACACAAAAGACUAAGUUAGUGUUUAUAGGUACAGCUACUGCUGUUCUUGUGCCUGUGAUACUUUGGUUUAUGGGAAUUAGGUAGUUGAUUAUGUAUUGAUUGGGAAUAGCACUCUUUAUUACAUAGCCCCUUUUGAUAUUUUACAGCAAUCCCUUUUCUGUAAAAUACUUACACUUUUUAACAUUGAACCACAUUAAAAAAAAUACACAGUAGUGAAUAAGAAAACCUUUUUAAAAUAACCAAUGUUAAGUACGUAGUUGGUAUAGUACUUGCUAAGUACAUUAUACCCACAGAAUUGAUAGGCAAUAACAUAAAAUUUAAAAUUUUUCAUUUCAUUUAUUAGCAUCCUAUAUUUGACAGUACAUAUGUCCAGGUUUUGUCAGUAACAUUAUAAAUAAAAUACAACAUCAUAAUACACUAACAAAACAAUAUAAAAAAAAAUACAUUAUAACACAAUAAUAUAUGUUACAAUAAAAAAUGAUAAUAAAAAACAAUGCAGCAAUUUAUGUAGAUGCACUGAGGAAUUCAUUAACAGAGUAUGGAGCUAUUCGUAGUAGGUAAUCUUUGAGAUGUCGUUUAAAUAUGGUAUGUGAUUGGGAUGCUGUAUUUAACAGGGAUAUCGGUAGAACAUUUAUUAGUUUAAGGCCCAUGUAAAAAGGUUUCAAUUCGUAUUUUUUUGUUGAAUGAAAAGGAAUAUGAUUCUUAUAAAUCAUUCAUUCUCUGUGAUGAACAUGGUGGUAAUGGUAUUCUAAUACAAACUCUGAAAAAUAUUUUCAAAAUUAAUUUUUCAUUUUGUAAACUGUUCCAUAUCAUGUAACUAAGUCAAAUGUUGAUUGCAUGAUGGAGUAUAUAUUGAUCAUGUGGUACAGGAUGCUUGCCAUUCUAAUUCAGUAUGCUAAAAUAUCCUGCCCAAACAAAAACUUGAAUAUCACAAUUCAAACAAAUUAUGUUGGGGUCUUGUAAAAAAAAUUUUUCUUUUGUAUUCAACUAACAAUCAUAAUUCAUUGUUUAACACAAAUUUUUCUAUGUCCAGGAUUUUUCGACAAACUAAAUUAAAACAGCAUUUGUCAUGUACCACGGGAUCAAUGUUUAUAAGUUCAACUCAUUAGAAUGUAGGAAUAAACUUGGAUAUGUGAAACAGGCCUGGAAAUAUGAAUUUGUUUGGUAGAUAAACUGAUUUGCUUUACAAACAGAUUUGCUUUACAAACAGAUUUGCUUUUUACUGUGCUAUGUGAUAAAAGUGUAACCAACAUGUAUCAGUUAAGUUUUGUUGUAAGUAUUUAUUAUACUGUUUAUUAAAUUGUAUUUACUGGUUUGUGUUAAGCCUACCAAGUUAUGCCUGUAAAUCUAUGACCAAAAUAUUCUUGUAAUUUUAAAGUUUGUUAACAAAUGCUAGAAAUCAAAUGUUUUCUCUGUGGUUACGUAUUUAAACAAUCAUUGUGGAACUUUAUUUCGGGGAAAUUAUAAAACUAAUAGUUAAACUUAUGCACUGAGUUUUUAUCAAAUUUUAUCAAACUAAAAAAAUUUUAAUCCACUGCUUAUGAAGAUUGAACUUGAACUUAUUCUGUCUUGGCAACAUUUUUUCUGUUAUGGCUUUGACAGUAAUGGAAAUUUGUCCAGUGAAGUGUUGCAAGUAAAUAAAAAUGUAAUUCUAUUGCU